UUCCAGGCACAAAGAAAGUAUUCUUCAUAGCCAACGCAUAAGCAGAUCUUCACCAGCUCAGUGAAAGCCAGAUAUGUUGUCUCGUGCAAGAAUGAAGACUUUGCAGACUACCUUCUUUUUAUUUGUAUUUGUACCUUUGGUAAAUGCAGCACCACCAAUACAGCAAGAACCACUCCCGUUUUAUGAGUAUGAUUCAGAUGUUACCAUGGGAAGCCUGAGACAACAAGAUUAUGAAAUUCAAUCCAAGGAUAUAAGAAAGGAUGGAACAAAUACUUCUCUUGACAUUUUUCUAAGACUGCAAGGAGAUGACAGCGAAACCAAUGUACAACCAACAAAGGAUACAAAUUUACCUACUUGUCUGCUCUGUGUGUGUCUAAGCGGAUCAGUGUACUGUGAGGAAAUAGACAUCGAAGCUGUACCCCCACUGCCAAAGGAAACAGCGUAUCUUUAUGCACGAUUUAACAAAAUAAAAAGGAUAGCAGCCUCAGAUUUUGCUGACAUUACUACCUUGAGAAGAAUUGAUUUUAGUGGAAAUAGGAUAGAAGAAAUAGAAGAUGGAGCCUUUUCAAAGCUUCUGUUAUUGGAAGAACUUUCUCUUGCUGAAAAUCGACUUCUAAAACUUCCUGUUCUACCUCCCAAACUAACAACAUUUAAUGCAAACCAAAACAGAAUCAAGAGCAGAGGAAUCAAAGCAAAUGCUUUCAAGAAACUGACAAACUUGGCCUACCUCUACUUGGGACAUAAUGCACUGGAAUCUGUUCCCCUUAACUUGCCAGAAAGUCUGCGUAUUCUUCACCUUCAGUACAACAAUAUUACUACAAUCACCGAUGACACGUUCUGCAAAUCUAAUAACACACGUUACAUCCGCACACUCAUGGAUGAGAUAAGGAUGGAAGGCAAUCCAAUCCUCUUGGCAAAGCAUGUUAAUGCUUUUUCCUGCUUGAGAACACUGCCUGUAGGAACAUACUACUAGCCACUACUUGCAUGACUAUACAUGCCAAAACUUAAAAGAUCAUUCUUUUUCCUCUGUUUACAUGUUUAUACCCUCUUCCUUACUAAUGCUAUUUUCCCAGAACCUUUUACUAUGUUGAAACAUGGUUCUUCUCUUAAAGAACUAUUUCAAAACACUUUAUUUUCUAGUUACAAUGUCACCCAUGCUUUCAGAAUCUCUUCUAUUAAAAACAUAUAUAUGCACACACAUACCUUCUCUACUUUUCAUUCCACCAUAUACUCUUUAUGUGUAGGUAAAAUUCACACACAAUUAAUUGGUUGGUCACAUUCUUUACCACUACUCUGAGCAAUUACUACAUCUCAUUUCAUUUUCAGAUGAAUGCCAAACACUGAGCAAGCUACAGAAGAAAUCACAACUUAAUUCCAAUGCUACUUUUUUAAAUCUGAAAUGAAACUUUUCAGUAGACCUUCAAAAGUGUAUUGGAUGAAGUUGCAUACUAAAGGAAGUUAUGUUUAAAAACAGAACUUCUCAAUGCUGAACUUCAUUAAAAGUUCCUUAAAAACUUGGUUUGUGGAAAAUUAAAGUUUCUAAUUAGGCUUAGUGUACCAAGCAACAUAGCAAGUGGAACUUUUCAAAGACAGGUUAAAUGUCCUUUUGUUUUGCUUUCAAAACAACCUGCGUGUGCAUAUAUAUACAUUAUAUUUUUCACACAAGGUAUUUUUAAUUGAAAUAUAUAAUUUUUGCUCAGCUGUACUCACAAGUCAUUUUUGCAAUGAGAGCUUCCCAUUUUAAUACAAUAGUCAAAGCACAGCAUAGUAUGACUCCAAGUAUCUUUCUAAUUAACAGAUGAUGCAGACCAAGCUUUGUUCUCCUGCUUUUCCUUGACAAGAAAAUGUGACAAUAUAAUUAACAGCAAAGCUGAAUUAAUGUUCAAUAUUACCUGUAAAUAAGUAAAAUCUCAGCUAGACACUAGUGCAAAGAAACAGAACUACCCUUGUAUAGCUAUAUAUUUGCUCUUUAGGAAAAAAAAUAAAUCAGAUCUUUAAAUUUAAAAGUUCUUUC